CUCACUCCUGAUACGGAGAUUGACAUACAAUGGAAUCCAUUCACUGAACUACCAGAGAGCAUCUUUCGCCCCAUACUGGAUGUCUUGUCUCAGGGAAAUGGUUUCGUCAAUGUAAAUGAAGUCACUAGGAUACGAUGCGAUUGCGGCAUGGCCUGGAUGUUGACUGCAGAAAAGUUCCAGAAGCAUGUUCGUGGGAAGUGUGAGAAUGGCACAAAAUUUGAAGACUUGAAUUUAGGUGUCUUGAGAGGUUGUUCUCGCCUUUGUCCGUACGAUUGUGUUAAGGUCCAACUGGUGUCUUUCUGCACGCCGGGUAAGACGAUCCUCUCAAAAGUAGACAACUGCGAGCAUGAGGAAAUAUGUUGUCAACCAAGACUGCCAAUGAUCUCUACUCCGAACGAGAUGAGGAAACCUGGAGGCUUGCAAGAGCAAGUUACAAGGAUUCCAGUGAUAACUACUCCGAACGAGAUGAAGACACCUGGAAGCUUGCACGAACCAGGUACCCUGUCUUUCCAUCUUCUUCGCAAAUCG